ACAGAACUUCUCAAGCCUCAAACAGAAAUUCAGCAAAAUGGCCAUAAAAAUGAGUCGGAUAAGCCUAAUCUCGUUCAUCGUAGUCAUGCUCUGGAGUCGAGCGACAGCUCAAUCCGGCUGCACAAUGGAGCUCGUGAGCUUGUCACCGUGUCUCAACUACGUUACUGGAAAUUCAUCCGCUCCAACAUCAUCCUGCUGCACCCGUCUUUCGAGUGUCGUUCAGUCCCAGCCACAGUGUCUUUGCGCCCUGCUGAAAGGCGGCUCGUCCUCUCUUGGCAUUGCUAUAAAUCAAACUCUAGCACUUGCUUUGCCCGGAGCUUGCAACGUGCAAACGCCUCCCGUCAGCCAGUGCAACGCUGCUAACGGACCGCCAGCAUCUGCUCCUACACCGGCAUACUCUCCUUCCGAUUCUCCUGCUGACGAAACGCCUGAAAUAGCCCCAUCCACACCGUCGGAGCCCGAUCUGCCAUCUGCAGGGGCAGGGUCUAAAACGGUACCAAACACAAAUGCUGGCAGCAAGGGUGGAUCAACAGUCAGUUUUCUUGGCGUCUUUCUCCUGUUAGCUUCAUCAUGGGCUUUUCCUGGCAACGGAUUUUGAGAUUUGGCUGCUAGCGGUCGGACUGUCAUGCGGUUCAAACACUUGGUUUAUUCAUUUUUGUGUCUCCAUAUUACAAGUGUUAUUUGUCUCAUUUUUUUAAUCUUGCAGCGGCUCCUUUAUCUUCUAUCCACACUCACAUUAUACAAUAUAGUCAUAUUAAUGCAAUAUUGCAAUGUAUUGUGUGCAUUCUAUUUUUAAA